GAAGUGGCCGUGGAGCCAAGAUGGCGGCGGAGGCGGCUGAGCGGCAGCUGGAGCUGCUGAGGGAGGAGCGGGAGGCAGAGCUCGCCGAGAGAAGAGCAUGGCAGGAAAACAUCUCCCUAAAGGAACUGCAGCGCAGAGGUGUCUGCUUACUAAAACUUCAAGCUGCCAACCAGAGAACCGGCCUCUACGGGCGUCUGCUUGUGACAUUUCAGCCUAGAAAAUAUGAUUCAGACGCUGAGCUGCCCUAUAACAGUUUUGGGCCUGGUGACAUUGUGGGCCUUUACGAUUCAGUCGGCCAAGGCGAUCUGCUCUCCACUGGCAUUGUAACACGUGUCACCUCCAAAGCAGUGACCAUUGCCUUUGAGGAAUCUCGAGAUGGCAUGCUGAGCGUGGGUCACGAGAGCUCGUACCGCCUGCUGAAAUUAGCCAACGAUAUCACCUACAACAGGAUAAAAAAAGCUUUAAAUGCACUAAAGCAGUACCACAGUGGUCCAGCCUCUGAUCUGAUUGAUGUCCUCUUCUUUUCUUUGGAUCCAAGUCCAUCCAGUGAAACAAAGCCUUUAAAGCUCUACAAUGACUCGCUGGAUGCAUCACAGAGGGAGGCUGUUUCCUUCUCACUAGCACAAAAGGAGGUUGCCAUCGUCCAUGGACCACCUGGCACAGGGAAGACCACAACAAUAGUAGAGAUCAUCUUGCAAGCUGUACAGCAAGGCCUGAAAGUCCUUUGCUGUGCCCCUUCCAAUGUUGCAGUGGAUAACCUGGUGGAAAGACUGGCUGGCUACAAAGCCCGCAUCCUGCGGCUUGGGCACCCUGCUCGCCUGCUGGAGCCCAUCCAGCAGCAUUCCUUGGAUGCAGUCUUGGCUCGCAGUGACAGUGCCCAGAUAGUGGCAGAUGUCAGGAAGGACAUCGACCAGGCCUUUGCAAAAUCCAAAAAGGCUCAGGACAAAGGGGAGCGGGGCCAUUUUCUGAGCGAGAUUAAGGCACUGAGAAAGGAGCUGAAGGAACGAGAAGAAACUGCCAUGACUGCAGCCCUUACCCAUGCCAGUAUAGUCCUUGCUACAAAUACAGGCGCUUCUUCUGAUGGCCCACUGAAGCUGCUGCCUGAGAAUUACUUUGAUCUGGUGGUGAUAGAUGAGUGUGCCCAAGCCCUGGAAGCCAGCUGCUGGAUACCUCUGCUGAAAGCUCCGAAGUGCAUCCUGGCUGGGGACCACAAGCAGCUUCCCCCUACCAUCAUCUCCCACAAGGCUGCUGCCAAGGGCCUUUCACUCAGCUUGAUGGAGCGUGUCAUCGAGAGGUACGGGGAGAAGGUUGUGAAGAUGCUGACAGUGCAGUACCGGAUGCAUGAAGCCAUCAUGCAGUGGGCUUCCUCAGAGAUGUAUGGUGGCCGGCUCACUGCUCACCCAUCGGUAGCCCAACAUCUGCUCAAGUAAGUGCCUUGCUCCUUGGUGAUACAACUGAGCAGAGGUGUCUUCUUCAUCCCAGUGCAUGUUGGGUUUGUCACCGUGAUGCAGUUUUCCAUCCCUUCCUGCCAUAGCAUUUCUGUUUGUCCUUUAUUUCAUCAAGGAAUCGUUACCUUGGUGGUAGUUGUCCUCUUCCUUUGUAACAAGAAGCCAUGCAGUGUUAUCUUCCGUUUGCUCCUUUGGUGUGAUACAUCAAUAAAUGAAAUCCUUUUGCACCUGGUGAGAACAUACAAAAAUCUGACAUGCAGUGUGCCUACCCCAAGCAGUCCUUCCCCAUCUCAAGUUUUCAUUGAGAGCAGGGCCAGACACCAGAUUUAGUGCAUUUUCACACAUCCUAAUGAUUACUAUAUGGACCACUGUGUCCCCCAUCUUUGAUCCCAAAGGUGGCAACAACAGAGGAGACGCGAAAGCAAGAUUCCAGUUCUGGCUCGAAUGGUUUUAUUGUCAAGCCAGUACCUGCAGCAGGUCUGAUAGCAUCAGAUCCAUUCCGUCUGCGGCAGUUUACCCAUUCUUUGGUAAUUUAGAGGAAGUGACUCAUAUUUCUUUUCACUUGCAUCCUGGGACAGGCAAUUGUUUGCUAACACAAGCUGUGAUUGUCAAUAAUUGGUGCUUUUUAAAAUUGUAGUCGGCAGAGUUCUGGGAGGUGGAUGGGAAAACAUUAAUUCUCUCUGUUGGCCUCAGAGAAGCACAAAAUAUCACAGUGCCUGUCUGCAUGGUGCUUUUGUAUUUUUAGCAAAGCUUUUUUUAAUGCAAAUAUGUAGGAUGUGGAAAAAUUGAAAUUCCCCUAGAAUCUCUCAAUUUCACAGGGGAAGUGGACAGAGAGAGCUGGGAGGCCAUCUCGUGCUCAUUUCCUGAUAAUCUUACUUGGAACAGCACAAACAACGCUAUGAGAUAGGAACUCUGGCCAAACAUAAAAACAAAACAAAAACAAGCUUUGUGCUUAAGACCUCUCCAACAGCCUCACCUUCAUCCUCUGCAGCCAGCAUGGGGAUUCUGUUUGUGUCAGCAUGCUCUGUUCAGGGCUUCAGCUCAGCUUACAUCAGUGAAGCUGACGAAUCAGUGAAUGCUGACUCCUGUCUUGGUUUAUAUAUCUUUGUGUGUAAAUAUAUUUGUACAGGUGCAUGCAGUGUGUUCUCAAGGAAAGGCUUCUUUCUGCUUGUUCAUCUAUACCAGGAGGAGCUCAGAUGAGAUGGACAGGACUCAUUCAGCAGAGCUUUAGCUAUACAAAUCUAAUUCCAGUGUAAAAAACACUUUUCCCAGUUGUUCUUGUUCUUUACUGUGCUUAUUUUCCCAUUUAACUUCACAAGAAUAGUAGCUAAAGUGAAACCCCAGUCAAAAAGGUUUGAAACCACUAAAUUAGGAGUUAGUUGAAAAGUUGAAGUUCAUUGGCUGUUAUUCUGAUGAUGUUGGAUGCUAUUCUGCUUUGCUUUUAUGAUGGAUAAAAAGUGAAUGUCUUACUUUCCAUUCCAUAGUGCAGCUUUGUCCCCCGUUCUGUGCCUUUUCCUGCAGACACUGAUGUCUUAAACCUGAAAUGAAGUCUGCUAGCCCAUAGUCCUGCUGAUACAUCACAUGAAUACAGCAAUUCUCGUUUCAGGCACUAACCCAUGUAAAAUUUCUGGACCUCUGUAGUAUACCAGAUAAUGCAGUGUCUUGGUGUUGAACCAUGAUUUUAUUUUUAGGUUGUGAGUACAAAUUCCUCCAUGAUAUUUGCAACCACCUCAUGUCCUUUUCUGGCUUAGACCAAAUGAUUUGCUUAAUUCUGUACCCGAGCAAGAAAUAAGCAAGUUUUUCAUCUCCAGUAGUUCUUCUUCCCAAACCUCCCUUCCUUCUGAAACAGGUGACAAAGCACAUCAGAAAUCCCCACACAUCUCCAGAAUUAAGUCCAGGAGGCUGCAAGCAGUAUUUUCCAACAUUCAAAACUUGUGACUCAGUCCAUGAGAGGCUGGUUUGAAGAUCACCAGCAGCUCCUACUAUCAGUUUUUAUUUAAGUGAAGCAUUGGGUGUCCCUUCUGUUAGCACUUCUCAGGGGGCCAGCACCCCUCACUGAUGGGGAAGGUGAGGGAACCCCUCCCAGUAGUGUCAUACUUGAAAGGUACCCAAGCAAAAUGCUCCUCAGUCGUGAUGUGCAACUCCCCCAGCUGGGAUCACCUCCUCCUGCAUGAAGCACAGGGUCCCUAGGUGUCCCAGGGCAGCACAUUGAGCCUGCAACAAUCAUCUGCCUGCAUGGUCAACCUACUUUGUCAUAAAGGGUCAGGAAUCUCUUCAGGAGCAAAAAUCCAUCCCUGCUUCUUAGGCUGGUUUUUAGCAGGUGAGAAAUGCAUCUUUCCCCUGAGGGACAUCAAGGCUCCAGAGAGCUUCAUAGGAGGGCCAUAGGAAUGCAGAAUAUCAUGCAGUACUGGGGCUGCAGGUGGGGGCAUGCCUUGAAGUGGAGCCUUUGCUCUCACUUCCCUGCCUGUCAUCUGGAAACUGUCCUCCUUUGUGAUGGCUUCCUUGAUUAUUUGCAAACCCCCUGGAGCCCCAGCUCUUUGAUCAGCAUGUGAUGUACAGCAGCAUGUUGUUGUUGGGGUUCUGUCAUCUUUGCCUUUAUCUUGCUGCCUUCCAUCACACCUCCUCUUUCCAGGCUGUGAAUUCAGCAAGCAGCUUCCAUGGGUAUUUAAA